CAUUCGCAUUUACUCGGUAGCUGUUGGGGAGACAACGUUAUUUCAUGUUGUAAAUUCUAAGCUAGUAGGUAUAGCUAGUAGCGAUGCGUGUGCUGACCCUUCUGCUUCUAGUGGCGACCGCGACGGCCGCGUCGGAUCUGGACUGGUGGAAGACCGCCCUAAUCUACCAAAUCUACCCGCGUUCAUUCAAGGACAGCAACGCAGAUGGCAUUGGCGAUCUAAAUGGAAUAACAGAGAAGCUGCCGUACCUGGCGGAAACGGGCGUGGACGCGAUCUGGCUGUCGCCCAUCUACAAGUCGCCCAUGUACGACUUCGGCUACGACAUCACGGACUACCGCCAGAUACAAGACGAGUACGGCACCAUGGCCGACUUCGACAAGCUUCUCAACGUCUCCAAGAGUUUGGGAAUCCGCGUGAUUCUGGACUUCGUGCCCAACCACACAGGCAACGAGAGUGAAUGGUUCAACAAGUCCAUCGCGCGCGAGGCGCCCUACACCGACUACUACGUGUGGGCUGACGGGAUCAGCGCCACCGCCGAGAAUGGCACUGCCUACACCAAACCCCCCAGCAACUGGGUGAGCAAUUUCCGCAAAAGCGCGUGGGAGUUCCACGAGGGGCGCGGCCAGUACUACUUGCAUCAGUUUGUCAUCGGACAGCCCGAUCUUAACUACCGUAGCAACAAUGUGCAAGCAGCAAUGAAGGAUGUUCUACGUUUCUGGUUGGAUAAGGGAGUUUCUGGUUUCCGUGUGGACGCUGUCAACAAGUUGUAUGAGGCCAAUCCUGCGCAAUACGAAGGAGUAUACCCGGAUGAACCUUUAUCAGGAAUCGCCGGCUUAGUACCAGACGACUACGAAUACCUCCUCCACGUGUACACAGAGAACUUACCCGAAACUUACGAUGUCGUCUACGACUGGAGGGACGUUCUCGACGAAUACAUCACAACCCAAGGGGAAUACAAAAUCAUGAUGACGGAGGCAUACGCUGAUCUACAGCUGAUGAUAAAGUACUACGGCACUAAGACGAGGAAUGGCUCCAUACCGUUCAACUUUAGCUUUCUUGGAGAGAUUACGAAAAAUUCCACCGCGUGGGAGAUCAAGACUGUUAUUGACAAGUGGAUGACUUACAUGCCGAGUGGAAAGGUUGCGAACUGGGUGAACGGCAACCACGAUCAAAGCCGUAUGGCAAAUCGUCAAGGAGAAGAUCGAGUGGAUGCUAUGAACAUGUUGGCUCUCAUUUUGCCUGGAGUCGCCAUCACCUAUCAGGGCGAAGAAAUCGGCAUGACUGACGGUUACGUCAGCUGGAACGACACAAAGGACCCGCAGGCUUGCAACACAGAAGACCCCAUCAACUACUACAAGAAAUCCCGCGACCCCAACCGAACACCCUACCACUGGGACAGCUCCGCUAACGCAGGGUUCUCCAACACCACCAACGCGACCUGGCUGCCGGUCGCGGACAACUACAGGACCCUGAACCUGGCUGCACAGAUGGCUAACCAGAAGAGCCAUUAUCACUUCUACAAGGAUGUGGUAACCAAUAGGAAGACUCCAGCUAUUGAGGAAGGAGACCUGGACACCAAAGCUUUGUCAGAGUCUCUUUUGGUUGUGACCAGGUUACUGCCUGGCGAGGCUGGAAUGCUGGGCGUCGUGAACUUGGCAGCGGAGACGCAAACUGUGGACCUGACGUCGCUCAAACUGCUGCCUGCAGACUUGGAGGUCGUGGCUUCCGGCGUAGACUGCACCCUUGAGAAAGGAGCGACUCUAACGAAGAGCAGCAUAUCAGUGUCGGGGCACUGCGCGCUGCUGCUGCGGAGCGGCGUGGUGAGCUACAGCGCGGCGCACGCGCACCGCCUCGCCUACCACUUCAUCAUACUAGCUUUAGCGUGCACCAAAAUUAGUGCUUUUAUUUAAGUACUAAUUACUGUUUUGUUAGAUAUUACAGCUAGAUCACGUGACUAGUAGAGGGUAGUAGAGCAGAGGCCCUUUGAAAAACCGAUCAAGUGCGAGUCAGACUCUCAUACGAAGGGCUCCGUAC